AUCUAAAUUCAUAAUUUCACGCAAACGUUUACUUUCUCUCUCUCUAUAUAUCCCUCUCUCUCUCUCUCUCACACAGAGAGAGUUCGAGUGCGUCCGGCAUGGCAAUCUCAGCAGCAGCUGUCAUCAUCCUUCCUAUCGGCGUCCUCUUCUUCGUCUCCGGUCUCAUCGUCACUCUCCUUCAGGCACUUAUAUUUGUAACAAUACGGCCAUUCUCGAAGAGCUUGUUUAGGAGAAUUAACAGACAGGUAGCCGAGCUCUUGUGGCUGGAGCUUGUGUGGAUCGUUGAUUGGUGGUCUGGAGUUAAGGUUAACCUAUACACAGAUCCUGAAACACUAAAUAUGAUGGGUAAGGAACACGCGCUUGUGAUAGCUAAUCAUAGAAGUGACAUUGAUUGGCUCAUUGGAUGGGUGUUUGCUCAGAGAUCAGGCUGUCUUGGUAGCACAUUGGCUGUCAUGAAGAAAUCAUCGAAGUUUCUUCCUGUCAUAGGUUGGUCAAUGUGGUUUUCGGAGUAUCUUUUUCUCGAGAGAAGGUGGGCGAAAGAUGAAAGUACCCUAAAGGCAGGUCUUCAACGCCUAAAAGACUACCCUCAACCCUUUUGGUUGGCCCUUUUUGUUGAAGGGACUCGAUUUACUAAUGCAAAGCUUUUAGCAGCUCAAGAAUAUGCAUCUUCAACGGGAUUACCUGUUCCUAGAAAUGUAUUAAUUCCAAGAACAAAGGGGUUUGUUGCUUCGGUGAGUGAGAUGAGAUCAUAUGCUCCUGCAAUUAUAGAUAUGACGGUUGCUAUCCCCAAAAAUAAAACCCCUCCAACAAUGCUUGGGCUCUUUAAAGGCCAGUCUUCUGCGAUUGAUGUGAGAGUUAAGCGCCAUUUAAUGAAGGAUCUGCCAGAAACCGACGAAGGUGUUGCACAAUGGUGUAAAGAUAUUUUUGUUACCAAGGAUGAUUUACUAGACCAGCAUAAAAUAGCAGACUCCUUUCCUGAUUCAGAACUCGUUGAUAUCGGCCGACCACUGAAAUCUCUUGUGGUGGUUGUUUCUUGGGCAUGUCUGCUUGUAUUCGGGACCUUCAAGUUCUUGCAAUGGUCUAAUCUUUUAUCAUCAUGGAAGGGUCUCACAUUCACUGCAGCCGGGUUGGGGAUUGUUACCUUUUUAAUGCAAAUCUUGAUUCAGUUUUCUCAAGCGGAACGUUCAACACCUGCAAAAGUGGCCCCUGCAAGGUCCAGCAAGGGUAACGGCAGUGUACAAGAAAAACUGCAUUGAGUACAACUUGUUCUUGAAUAGUACUCGAAUUGAUCGAUAAUCCUUUCCGUUUUGUGUAGUAAAAAACAGUACACCGUAUGAAUGUAUGGAUGUCGAUUUGAUCGUGUUAAUUAUUAGCAUCAUUUGAAUUGCUUCUCA